AGUUUUUGUACGUCACAGAAAUUUUAUUUUAUUUAUUAAAUCUACCGCCUUAGCGCCAGCCUAAGUUCCCAAUACCUACCUACUCGCACCAAUUUUUCAUUAAGUACUUUGCUCUCUAAUUUUAUUGAUAAAAUUCUGCCCACUUGUUCUCUAAACUAAUUUGGGAAAUCAUGAAAAAUUACCUACCCAUACCUGCAAAUUCAUGAUCUCUCUUUAACUUAUAGUUUCAGAUAUUGUAGGUAGGUACCUAUGUCAGUGUAAAAUAUCACGAAUCGAAAUUACAAUGAUUGUGUAAAUUAAAUGCAACUUAUUUCACAGUAAGCCCUAAAAGUUAAAACUGAACUCCUACCAAUAUUAAAAAUAUGCAUUUAUAAAUCUGUAGUUCUUGAAAUUACGUUGUGUCGCGCAAUGAAUUGGAUAAUUAUUGAAGCCACAAAUUAGCGGGAAAACGACUCGUUCAUUUGCAUUAUUAUUAGUAAACACUCAUUUCGCGCCAUUCUGUGCUUGUAAACAAAAACAAUUUUACGGAAAUCUUUACCUGGUACGUAGCUACGAUGCUCGCAAAAACUUGGCGGGAUUAGUGACGAGACCGCUUUAGUUCAGGUAAAGAGAAAUAGCGAAAAAAGCCGCGGGGGUGGUUGUCAGGACAAUGACUAAUUGUUAUUUCUUUAAAGUGGGAUAGGGCCCAAGGCCAAUGUACUGUUUAAAAUUGUUUGGUCUCGCAUCCAGACUUCAGUCUAGUUUCGGGCACCGUGGUGGACACUUCCUCCUCACCGACUUAGUGUUGUGCCGUCGUGACUUGUGCUCAAUUCGGAUUGUUUGUAAAUAUAAAGGGUUAUUACCCUGCAGUGUUUAAUAAUUAUUUUAAAUACAAUAAUUUAAAUAAUAAUUAUUUUUUAUUAAAUUGUGCAUUUAGUGGUUUGUGGACUUGUGCAAUAUUUACUGGUCAUCCUAACUUAGUAACUUUUGAAGAAGACUGCGUGCGUUGUAACCAUCGCGCGCAUCUUCCCUGUGAUAAGAGGGUCCUGUGAUAUCGACGAGUUCGACUUAGCUUUAAACAUAGUUAGUCUUUAGGUAUAUAUAGAAAUUAAAAUGUCGCCACCGUUCGACUCGUUCGUUCAGUUCGACAUGUGGGAAGCCCUGGACGAGGACUCCCUAAGGUUGACGGAAACGUCCGAAUUUUGGACUCAAGUUCAAUAUGAAGCAGAUAGAUUGGAUCUAGUCCCGCCCGCCAACUUUUCGGAUCCCCUGCAGGACAGCGAUGAAGACUGGAGAAUAAUAGAUACACCAGAGGAACCACACAAGGAGAACAUAGUACACCACGACUGUAUGUGGGCCGGCUCUUGUGUAGAUUCAGUGCAUCCUAGCAACACAUUCGUCUCAUCUGAUCCCAUUACAACACCGACUACACCAGGACAGAGCUUGCUGCGACGAGACAGGUCGCCCUCCAGACCUGAGACGCCUCCAUCAAUAGACGGCGAUGAGCCCCCACAGUUCCGUCACUCCGUGGACGUCGCCGGCACAGCUCUCCGCCUCCUGCGAGACUCGGCAGUCGUAGCAGCCGACCAUUCCUACACCCUGGCUAGGCGGCACCUCGACUACCUCGGCGUGCAAACACCCUCUGACUCCUGCGAAUCAGAGGAGGAAAUCGAUGUAGUCUCGCUGGGCACACAGCAACCCCUGCCAACAACACAGUUGCACGUCCGCACGGACACUCUGCCGCGCGUGCCAUCAGCGCAGGAGCGGCAGCACAUACAGCGCACCGUGGAGACCGCCAUCACGCCGCGGCCGGCCGCCCGCAAGCGCCUGGUGCCGCCGCCCAGCAUAGCGGCCGCCUCGCGCCGCCGCACUCGCGGUCCCGGUCGCCGCGGCCGCCGCUCCAACACCGACACUGACUCCGAGGCUGAAUCGCCUGAGAUAGAACGCCGCUCCAUACACAACGACAUGGAGAGACUACGGCGCAUAGGUCUCAAAAACCUUUUCGAUGAGCUCAAAAAGCAAAUCCCGGCCACGAGAGACAAGGAGCGCGCGCCCAAAGUUGUGAUACUGAGAGAGGCGGCCGCGCUCUGCAGAAAGCUGAGCCAAGAGAACCUCGAGAGGGAAAAGCUGAUGAAGAAACAACACCAACUUGUGACGAAGUUGAAAAAGCUCCGCACGUCGCUGUCGGCGCGCUACCGCUCGUACUGAGCGCCUCGCACUACCUGACUGGUAAUCGAUUUGUUCCGACCGAGGAACUAUGGAGUCUACUCGACUGGACACUUAUGGACUGGUAACUUUUUAUGUAAGUCGCUUCUGAACGCUCUAGUGAACGUUAGAACCGUUUAUUCAAGACGCGGUGGCGCAGUGAAGCCCCCGUCUGUUUGUACCUCCGCGCCGUUUUGAUUGCGAAAUUCUAAGCGUUGUCUUCAGUCGAGUCGGCGGUAGGAGAUUGUUAUAUUUCAAAGAAAAUUCAGCUUUUACGGCUUACUCUGCUUCUGGCAAUGUCUCGAGAGUAAUGUAGUUAUGGAACUAUAACCACAGGUUUGUUUUGCUCAAAACGAUAUUUUGCAGUGCCAAAGUGAGCCAUAAAACUGUUGUUAACUACAAAUCCUAGGUCUUCAGUAAAAUAUCUUAAUAGUUACAGACUGCUUCGUGAACUAGUAGACUGGUUUUACCUCUAAAAUGUUUUUUGAAUUUAUCAUUAAAAGUAUACAUAGUUGAAAUAGCACAUACAGAUUUACUCCGUGUUGACAGAUCGAAAAUGAUAUGACAUUUGUUAAAAUAUUGUUUCGAGACGUUGAUAUGAAGAUUUUUUACUGGACCUUCCAUAAAAAUAGUUUAAGUAUAGCAAAGUCGAAUUGCGAUUUUAAAGGAGCUUGAAUUUGUCAGUGCUGUAAAUAAAUGGGGGAGUUCAGGUAGUUGAAAGCUUUGUCUGAGGUGGUCAAGCGCUUGAGAGCAGAUUGGAAAUGUAUGGCCACUAUAUAUGUUUUCGGCCCGAUUUGCAGGAUUUUUCAAUUUUAACCCCGGACUCGCGAGGGUUAGUGAAGUGAUACAUCAAUUACUACUACUUUUAAUUGCUUUAAGUAAACUAUUAUUUUAACUGCUUUAAGUAAAUUGCAUUUUAGGAUAGCGCGCUUGUUUCAUUAGUUUAUUUUAUUGUUAUUUUGUAAAUUUUUAACACUAUUGUUUUUUUUUUACAUUAGCGAAACCCAAUUAAUUCCGUACCAAUUCUUGAUUAAUUUGGAAUUGUUCAUUCGAUUUUAGGUCAAUUUGAUUUGAUCUAGUUUUAUACAAUAAAUAAUUCACAUACAGCUUCCAUAUGAAAUGUUUCAUGACGAUUUUAUGAGUAAUGUGUAUGUAAUUUUAUCAUGUAAAACAAACACCACCCUUUUAUUAGCAUGCGAUUGUGAUAAUGAAGGUUUAUAAUAAAGUUUUUGAGAGCCCUUCUAGCUCUCAUCCAUUAAAUUACAAGUCUGUAUAAUUCUUUACAUAAAAUGCUAGAGUAGAUGAAAUCAGUUUUUUUAUUAUUUUAACGAAUGCAAUAAACUUCAUAACUCGUAGGUUCGUACAAACAUUUGUCUACGAGUCUUUAAACAACGGUUUUUAACGUCUUUGAUAACUCGACAAACAUUUGUUUUUAAAUAUUUUACGAUAAUUUGUUAGAAUCCUUGUUGACAAAAAUUUGUACGUGCGAACGUGGUCGCAAGCGCAUGUUAUCUGAAGGUGUAAGGUUCCCUUCAUUUUACGAUCAUCGUACCUUAUUAUAAUUAUAAACAUUAUUAUAAUGUUAAGUCGUUUAGCAUAUUGAAAUCGAUAUUUAAUUCAUUCACAUUAUGUUGGGAUAACAGUGGAAACAUACCAUUUUCAUAUGAUUUAUGACAUUAAGGUAAUAAAAAAAGUUUUCAUGUAAAUUGUAUAAUCUCAGUGACAGUCAUCGAUUCGUAAGAAAAUAAUAGACUGUGUAUUUUGAUAACAACAUCAAGUCUUAUAUACCAUAUGAUGGUCCGAAAAAAUGGACCGAAAAAAAAAUAACCAAGACAUAGUUCCUCAUAGUACCUACUAAUAGUAAAUUUUGCAUUUUUUUUCUUUUAUAAUAUUUUUAUUAAUGCAGGUAAGUUAGUAAAGUACUCGCAAUAGUUCGUGUUAAUUGAAUAUGAACCUGAUCAGAAAAAUAAUGUUGGCGAUAUUUAAAAAAUGUAGUCCGGCCGGUGUCGUCGUUUCGUUUGGGCCGCCAACGUAUUGCGCUGAUCGGGGGCGCAGAAGGUUGAUGUUUUAUCAAGCACAUAGUCAGCGUUUUGUAAGUGUGAAGGCUUUAAUUGUGUGAGGAAUGUGCCUUGUAUGUUCAUGUACAUUAUUAUAUAUAUUAGGUUUAUACUCGAAUUAGUUGCAAGACAUAUUUUUUGUGAAGAAUGUCUACGAUUAGAAUUUAGCGCUGUUCUGAAUAGUGUACAUACACAGACAAGAAAAGUUAUUGAUAUUAAAGAUGUUUAUCUUAUCUUCCACUAGGUGUUUAAUUGUACAUACAGAUGUAAUGGUAAUACUAAGUAUAUUAUACUUUGAUCAAUCUUUUUUACUAACGAGUUUUUUUCCUAGUAAUUGUUUAGUUUUCUUUACUAGAGAGUUACAAAUCCUCGAAUGUUGUACCUGCAUUUAUUUUUUUUGUUAUUCAUAUCUUGACAUAAAUAAAUAAAGAUAAUAAUGGUUUUAGUUAUCCAAAAUGUAAUCGGUUGCUUUGGUGAUGAUGACCAGUGUAAUUAGACACAUAAGAAAAAGUCAGUAGUUAAAUGUUUAAUGGUAAGAAAUGACAGCUUUAUAAAUCGGGAGACAGAAAGUGAAUGAUAGCGUUGAGAAGUGUAAAACAGCACAUUAUUAGAACCACUAUUGUGACAAGGCACAUUUCCACCACUGCCAAAAUGGAAAAGGAAUUAAUUACGAUAAUAAGUUAGGUUGAACUGUAUAUAGUUAAGGUCGGGUUAUAAAAUUAUAAGUCCUGUUAUAUAUAAAAGAUUUCCUUUUAUUCUUUGUAUAGUAUCCGUACGUUUGUAACACCCAGCCGUGGCCGGCGCAAGCCCGGCGGCGUGAUAUUCGCGCCGGCAGGUGACGUCACGCGCGGGCCGGCCGCGGUGCGCGCGCGCCGCUACAGCGAGUGCAGGGCGCAACAUAGAUUCCGCCUAAUAUUAAUAUUGCCCUCUGCAAUCUUUGAAGCGGCGCUCUUAUGUCUAAGGACUUUUGUACUUAUGUGGCUAAUUUUAUGGGAUACUAUUGUAACACAGAGAUAGAUUUUUUUUUGGUUUUGUUCCUCUAUGUGUAUGGAUACACUGAUACAUUUGUAUUGCAUUGACUAUACAUAUUAAACGCUUACGUCGGAUCCGGAGAGAGCUUGGGAACAGUGGGCUAAUUAUUGUGAUUUUUAUACUUAUUCGCUGUAAUUUGGGAUAUAUAAAAUCAUUGUAUUGUAUAGUAUAGAUUCUGUGAUUAUGUACCUGUGGGGUACGUUUGGGUUUCCACAGCCCUAUCUGGUCUGACUAAAAAAAAAUAC